UGUCAAUGUCACAACAAAAAUAAAUUAGUGGUCACUGGUCGGUGUAAAUUAGUAAACAGUGGUUUUACUUUUCUACUAAAAUCGUUUUAUUGAGUAACUAUAAUUUAAACAAAGUGGUCAAGUGUUAAGGAAAAUAAGAAUCGUUUAACAGCCAAAAUGUACGCAGUGGAGAAAAAAUUUGAAAUCGAAAUGAAGUUGAAAAGAGAGAUGACAAACAUGCAAGAGUUAAAAGCGGCUGCCAAGCGCAGUUCCGCUCUGGCCAGCGAUGUGUGCAAUGUGCUGGGUGCCUGCGAGCAGCGGCUGCAGCAGCUGGAGACAGCCGUGCUGCCUCUGUACGGAGACACUGCUCGCUUGCAGCAGAUCCAUCAUAAUAUGGAGCGUACAGUGACAGCUCUGGAUCAUGUAAUUAACUACUACAUGGUGUCCAGAGAGUUGUCUGACCUCAUACAAGCAGGACCACACACUGGCUCCACUGAGUCACUGAAUAUGUAUUUAGAGGCACUUGAUAAAUUAGCAGAAGCUCAAAAUUAUUUCAACAAAAACAACCCACAGAGUGUUGAAUUAGAAAAUAUUAACCAACUAUACAAUGCUGGAGUUUUAAAACUAGAGAGUGCAUUUGAGGAGCUUCUCAAUCGUAACACGAGACCUCUGUCUCCCACUGCCCUUAUGGAUAUGAUUGCUUUGGAGGAAGACUCGAGCGUGGACAGUGUGAGCGUGAGCGGCAGCAACUCCACGUCCAGCACGUCGGUGGAGGCCAUGCGAGCGGCGGCGGCGUGGCUGAGUGCGGCCGGCCGCCCGCCCGCCGCGCCGCUCAUGGCCAUACGCGGCCCGGCCGCGCUCAACUCGCUCACUGCGUUCAAGGACUUCCUGCGCUCACGCUCCAUGGCCGCCUCUCCGCUGAUGAGAGCGAAAAACAUGCUACACCGGACGGACAGUACACAGCGCAGAACUAGCAAAAUACAGAAAGUGUUGGAGAAGCGCGCUAUCAACAUAAUGAUGAAGGCGUCGCAGACUCUGGAGCAGUCCACGGGGCUGGCCAUCGGCCCCCGGCGAUCCGCCAACGAUUCUUACUCAGAGGAGUGUACCGACGCGGUGGAUGAGCGCGAGGCGGAGGCGUGCGGCAGCCUCGCCGCGGCCGUGUGUCGCCUCGCGCGGCGCGAGCAGAGACACGCGCUCGGCCUCGUGCCUCUGCCUCGCUUGCCGGCCCUACUGUCUGCCAUUAUGAAAGACUGUCUCAACUUGUUGGCGUCGGAAGUGGAGCGUGUGUGUGCGCGCAGCAGAAAAGCAGCGUCACGAUGCAGCGCGGGCGCAGCGGCUUGCUGGUCGCUUGCAGCGCGGUUGCAGCGAUUGCAGCCAGACUUGCAACGAGCUCUUCACCCAGCAUCACCUGCACCUUAUGCCGCUCUACUGAACACUUGUCAACAUCAUUGUGUGCGGUCGCUGGAGGAGUGGGUGGAAGGAGUGAGGAACGACAGCGCGGCCGGGGCGGUGGACGGCACGGUGCACCAACUCGCGGCCGCCGCGCUGGCUUACUGUCAUGCCCUCGCCGCUCAUAUACAGAUCAUAGGUCCCGCGCUGGCCACCGAAGCCUCGUAUGCGCGCGCAGCGUCACAGAUAACUGGUGUGCAGGACAGAAACGCUUUGAUGCUGUCAUUGUACAUGCGCAAAGUGCUGGCCCAGUUAAAUUUGUCGUUGAGAAAUAAAAGUGAACAGUACCCGGAUGCACUGAAAGCAAUAUUUCUUCUCAACAAUACGCUGUACUUGCUUCAGGGUCUACAGCGCAGCGGCUUACUGGAUGUGCUAAUGUUGGCCGAGCCCGAGUGUGAAGCGAGCUAUCGGGACAUGAUACAGGACUAUAAGAACGCGUAUGUGCAGAGCUGGAACAAGUUGCUGUCUCACUUAUCAUUGGAUGAACCUCUGCCCGCUAAACUACGGGACAAGGAUCGACAGAUGUUGAAAGAUAAAUUUUCGAGUUUCAACCGCGAGUGGGAGGAGAUCACGCGCGCGCAGCGCAGCUACAGCGUGCCCGACGCCGAGCUGCGCGAGGCGCUGAAGCGAGACAACAAGCAGGCCAUCCUGCCGCCUUACACCACCAUGCACGAGAGAGCGCUGGCCACGCCCUUCGCCAAGCAUCCCGACAAAUACGUCAAGUACACCCCGCUACAGAUCGCUGCUCAAUUGGAUGGGUAUUUUGAUGAAGCUGCCUAAAGUAAUGGACACUGGAUUACGCUUUACAGUAACCAGCAGGAAAUAUUGAACAUUGACCUUUAGAAAGGGAUUUCGGCAAAGCGUUGUCUCUGUCACUCAUACCUAUCUGACGUUUUGUCCGUCUCAACGACGUUCUUUCUAAAGAUCGAUGUACAAUAUUUCCUGCAGAGUACUAUUCAUAUAAUUAUAGAUGAAAAUAUUUAUUGUCACUAGUUAUUCUUUAAAUUAUAGUCAUUCUACUAUAUAAGGUGCUUAUCAAGUAUUAUAAUACAAAUGUUAUUAAGAAAUAAAAGACGUUUUUAUGA